AUGGCUUCUAUUCCGCCAGUAAUGGGCACUGCGGGUAGCCCGCCCCAAAGUGUCGAAAGGAUCACUCGCAUCGCUCAGGAUUACGAGUACAACCCCGCGGUCCCGCUCCGGUAUUGGCUGCGGACAGCGGCUACACUGAAUCGCGAGGCCCAAAUUUACGAACGCGAAGGCCACGACGAACAAGCAUAUCUUCUCCUUUUCCGACACGCCCAGCUGGUUCUGGUCCACCUCACCAAACACCCAGAUUCUCUCAAAGAUAGUCAGGUUAAAAAGGCUUUGGUCGCAGCUGAAAAACUGGUAGAUGCAAAUCUCCGCAAGUUGGAGGCGCUCAAGCCGCGCAUCAAUAAACGAUAUGAUCGCUACACCCAAGUUAUGCGCGAUCGCCAAUCACGCAAACUGUCAACGGAAGUCAGCUUUACAACCGAACCACGAGACCGUGUCAUCGAUCCCGCUUUGACUGGCGUUGCCAAACCCCUGGAAGCCGGCGAAAACAGGGACCUUGCGGUCCGUCUAGCGCAGUCAGAGCUUACCCGCCGGGCUACUGUUCGGAGGACACAAGAACAAGGCGAUGACGACAGCCGGCGAGCUGCGGGGGUAUGGGGCAACUGGGAGGAUGCCUUGAAGACGAAUGAUCGGGGAGGCGAUGACUUGAGUCAACGGAUCCAGAAUAUUCGCUCCAAUAUCGGGCCCGCGCCCAAGGCCAAUGUCGCACGCCAAAAGCCUACUGCGCCAGAUAUUCCUCCACGCGUCUCCUCCGCAUACAAAUACCCUACCGUCCCUCGCCAAAACACCCUGGAACCCUUUGUCCCGCAAGCCCAGAUCGCUAUCCACGAUAAGAACGCCGAACGACAACCACCCCCAGUCCCUCCUCCAAAGGAACAUAUUGCGCCGAGCAGAGCUUCGUUCGUGGAUGGCGCAUCGGUAGAGCCACCAGCCCUCCCAGCAAAGGUAUCCUCACCACCGCCUCCUCCCGAGAAAUCACCCUUGCCCGAGGCCCAGUCUGCGCGUUCCAAUCUCGACCCAGCAAGCUACACGUUCAAGCCAUCGGCAUAUUUGGAAAACGGCAGUCCUCUUCGCUCUGUCUUUCUCCCGGCAAAUCUCCGUACCCAAUUCCUGUCCGCUGUUGCCACCAACACGCAGCGCAACUUGGAAACAUGCGGAAUUCUCUGCGGCACAUUGGUGUCGAAUGCGCUGUUUAUCUCCAAAUUACUUAUCCCCGAGCAGACUGCGACAUCAGACACGUGUGAGACAACAAACGAGUCUGCUAUUUUCGAGUUCUGUGACUCAGAGGACUUAUUGAUGCUUGGCUGGAUCCACACGCAUCCUUCGCAGACCUGCUUCAUGAGCUCGCGCGACUUGCACACCCACUGCGGCUACCAAGUCAUGCUCGCAGAGAGUAUCGCAAUAGUUUGCGCUCCGAGCAAGACUCCCGACUGGGGAGUCUUUCGUCUCACCGAUCCUCCUGGAUUAAAGACUGUACUCAACUGUACCCAGACUGGUCUGUUCCACCCGCAUGCUGAAGAUAAUAUAUAUACGGGAGCAUUGAGACCCGGCCAUGUGUUUGAGGUCAAUGGACUGGAGUUCGAGACGGUAGACCUGCGCCCGAAGAACUAG